CCUUCCGCCCUGCCCCGUGCUUGUGCCGCCGUGGGGAAGCGCGGGGCGGCUCUCGCCGGAAGCGGCGGGAGGGUUUAGGGGGCGGACUCGGCGGAGCGGAAGUCGCUGAGGUGGACGGAGGUGGCGGCGGCGAGCGACGAUGAACAACAAAUUCGACGCAUUGAAAGAUGAUGAUAGCGGAGACCAUGACCAGAAUGAGGAAAAUAACACACAGAAAGACAGUGAGAAGGAAAAGAAUGACCGAGAAAAACCACAGAGUACGACUAAGAGGAAGGCUGUUGUCCCAGGGCCAGCUGAGCACCCCUUGCAGUACAAUUACACCUUCUGGUACUCCAGACGAACACCGGGGAGGCCAACCAGCUCGCAGAGUUACGAACAGAACAUCAAACAGAUUGGCACCUUUGCCUCCGUGGAGCAGUUCUGGCGGUUUUACAGUCACAUGGUACGUCCCGGGGACCUGACAGGCCAUAGUGACUUUCAUCUUUUCAAAGAAGGGAUCAAACCCAUGUGGGAGGAUGAUGCCAACAAAAAUGGAGGUAAAUGGAUUAUCCGUCUGCGAAAGGGUUUAGCGUCACGAUGCUGGGAGAAUCUCAUUCUGGCAAUGUUGGGAGAACAGUUUAUGGUGGGGGAAGAAAUCUGCGGGGCAGUCGUCUCUGUCCGAUUCCAGGAGGAUAUUAUCUCAAUAUGGAACAAGACAGCCAGCGACCAGGCCACGACAGCCCGGAUACGUGACACGUUACGAAGAGUGCUCAACCUACCUCCCAACACCAUCAUGGAAUAUAAAACACACACCGAUAGCAUCAAGGCCUGGGAGGAGUUUCAUGGCCUGGUGAACAGCAGUGGCCGCUGAUCGAACGUUCCCCCUCCCUCUGUCACACCCAGGCCUCCAUUCACUCAGCAUUUGCUGUUGUGCUGGUGUGUCCUUCCUCUGUGCAAGGCACUCAUGUCCCAGACCUGAUCCCAGGAGGCUGAGAGGUAUGUCUUCAGCUUGGGUCUGCUGCCUAGGGUUGCCUGUCAGAUGUGGAGUGGUAAAUGAAUGCUGAGUACAUCCACGUGAUGGACACUGAGCUUGGCAAACGUGCCUUUGCUCUUGACAGUGGGCUGAAGCAAAAUAAAUUAGUCUGUCAGUAAAAGCUUGUUCAGGAAGGACAGACGGUAGUUACUGUAUUUAGAAAUAAUAAUGCUGUGGCUAAUGAGAUGAAACCACCUUCUACUUCUGGUAGUGGCGACUGGCCAUGUGCAGAGAAAAUAGCCAAGGUGAGCUCAGGGCUGUUGUGAGCCUCACAGCUCAGAUUGUUUUCCCCCUCCAGCGCCCACUUCCCUCAUGACAGGACCUUUCCUUACCCAGGGCUUGCAGCAGCCCUGGCGGUGCGACUUGUGUUUGGUUGUAGCCAAGUAGGAUUGCGGCACUGCCAAGUGCCAGAACGGGGGAGCCCUCUGGAAGGAAACUUUACAUUGCCCAGUUCCCACCCCGUGGUGGUACGUGGCUGUUCCAGCACAGCCAAGCUGUAAGGGGCAAGAGGGCAUCCCAAAACCUCCUUCUGCACCGUUGGGCAGGCAGUGCUCUCAUAGCUCCCUCCAAAGUCCUGGGUGGAGUUAAUACUGUUCCUCACAGAUCUGGCUUUUUACGAGGAUCAAUGAUUACAAAACAUUACACAGGCACCUAGUAGUGUUUUUAUUGUUAGAUGACAUUCAAAUGGCCUUCCAGAAGAGGAAACCAGCUCAGUUCGUGAAAUACCAGUCUCAGAAGGCAGGAACUGUGCCAAGUGUAUCGGAAAACAGUGACAGAGUUGAUUUAGCUCCCAGCUGGAUUGGGCUGCCUGUGAUUGAGCAGAGGGCCUGGGCCACCCUGAUAAAGGCAAAAGGAGGGGAAAUGUAAAAACCUGUCCAAAAGACAGCUAACCAAAGUGUUCUGCUCUCCUGAGGCAGAUGGCACGGGUGAAAGUACAGUAUGGGAUGGAAAACCAAACCAUUGUUGCAAAUUAACCGGAAUACAGUUAAUGAAUCCUGAAUCACGUUCCACAAAUGGCAGCACAGCCUGCUUUGCUGGCAAGUGCAAAGGUGAACCCCAGUCUUAUGCAGAUGGCCUCCAGCGUGGUUUUUUGUGUCAUGUCAUAGCAGAGUAACUUGUUUAACUCUCUAAAGAGUGUUUUUUACUUCCUUCUGCUCCUCCAGCUCUCCAGCCCACCUCUUGGAGGUGUUCCAGCACGCACUGUGCUGUUACAGCUCUUCGUGGCACACAGUGCUAGCGCAAGGGUGUAAGCAGAGUUUUACAGUCCUGCAGAGCACCUUGCUCCUGAAGCUGCUGCCACAGCUCUGCCGAUUUGGUGUGAUAGGUGCUGGGGCAUCCCUAGGUGUUUGGUUUGGGCAACUUACUGCCCUGGCCCUCUUAUGGGAAGAGCUGCCCAACCUAUCAUCUCAAAAGAUUUGUAAUCUCAUUUAUUUCUAUUUGAGUUUAAAAAAACACACCACCUUUCUAUUAAUGCGUAAAUACGCUUUGCCUGCUGCUGCUCACAGGCUAGCAGUAAGUGCUAACAAAGAGGUUUCUGUAACGUGCCACAUCUUCAGUUGCUGCCACGUGCCACAAGACUACACAAAUGAAGGUUGUGGACCAGCAGUCUGCUCUUUGUCAGUAGCCCCUGUCAGUGGCUAUACUCCUGUGAGUAAAAGGUAAUGAAGAAACUCUUCUAUUUAAACUUGAGGGAAACAUCCCUUUCAGAUUAGAUAUUUGUUUAAGGUAGGAUGAACCAGAGAGCUAAGCUUGACAGCAUGACAAAAGAAGCCUAAGUGCAAGGGACGGUGUCAGGAGAAGAUUGGACUGACAUGUUUGUGCUCCAGGCAGAACCCCUGAGGACAAAUGUUUGGGAAGGAGGAGAUGAGAUCUUGCAGGUUGUUCAAAUUCCAGAAUCUAUCGGGGAAAUUUCCAGAGACUGUAAUAUGCUUUGCUCUCAGGAGGUGAUAUUUUUUCUUCCUGAUGAAUGGGAAUGAACGAGGCUCUCCCUGUAUUCCAGGUGUUCUGGAACAGCAGGUUGACUUGUGUGAAAAGUGUCCAGUUAGCAGAUCUGCUUAGGAGGCUUAAUGAGCAUUGAUUUGAGUGACAUACUGGGAUGGCAACACUGGUAGCUGUGGUGGGUGGAAUGGGGGUUGCUGUAAUCUGAAGGAAUGCACACCUUUAACCUCUUUCUCCUCUCUGUUUUCCAGGGAUAAUUCAAGCUUUCGAAACACAAAAAUCACA